AUGGUGGUCGGUGGAUCGAGUGAAGAUUCCCAUUUCGAUUCAAGCUUGAGCGGCGCGCAACCCCAGCUCCACCAACAACCACAGUUCACCGACUUCAGCAGCAGCAGCAAUGGUAGCGAGGGAGCGGAAGGGGUUGGGGAAGGGGCGCCAGCGCCAGGUGGCGAUGUGAAAGACCAGAUAGCGGAGCGGCUAGUGGCGGAGGUGAAGCGCGAAAACGGUGAAGGAACCCAACCCAAUCCGGAGCCGAGCGACGGAGAGCGGGAGGAGCAGGUGGCAGUGGUGCCGGGUGGUGCCGAGCGGUUGAUGUUUAUAACGGCACUUGCAUCUGGUGGAGCAGCGGCAGCAGCAGCAGCAGCCCAGGCAGUAGAAGCAGCAACGUUGGGAACGUCGACGGCGACGACGACGACGACGACGACGACAACGGCGAAGAAGUGCCCGCUCGAGUUCGACGAGGUAGCAGAAAACCAUAACACUUUGGCCACGGUCGCCGGCGAUCACGGAGCGGCAACAGCAGCAACAGCGAUCAGCGACGGUGCAUCAGCGGCAGUCGGCAGCGUCGAGCCACCACAGCAAGUCGUGUACGUACGCUCCGGAUGCGACACGGACGCAUGCCCAAAGAAGGCAGCGAAGGUGACGCCACUGGUGCGGUGCAGCGCCGAUCCAGCCAACAGUAACGUCGUGCGGAUACAGAUCAUCCCGGAGGGCGAACCGCCCGCCCCUGAAGACCCGCUGCAGAACAAAGACGGCAACGUACGUGGCACCGUUCCGGGUGGCUGGAGUUCGGCCGGUUCUGGUCUCGCGACGUCGUCGAGUGUUAGUGGCGUCAGUGUGUCAAGUGCGAGCGCGCCCGGUGCUGCGUCUCCCAAGUGUCCCAGUUCGAAGGUCGUGACGGUCGUCUCCUUCGGCAGUGACGGUAGUGGUUCCUGUCGCGAGCUUGGUAGUGUUGUGGUAGGCGACCGGCAGGAGUCGCGCGGAAGUCCAGAACGGACUUUCGAUCUCGCGGAAGUGGUGUUUACCACCGACAUCGGCGGCGGAGUAGACCUCCAGAGUAGCGCAGCAGCUCGGGAGCUCGGUUCGUUCGCCACGACCGUGUGCUGCACGAGUGGAGUGUUGAGUGGUGUAGUAAUUGAUGUUGGUGACGCUCGAACUUCCCUGGUUGCAAGCCCGAGCGGAGAAGUUUGGCCACCCGGGUUCCCAGGUCAGGAGUCGGAGCCGCCGCUGAUCGACGACCACGAUAUGGUGCAGAAGAAAUCGAUGACGCUGGCGACGGUGGCGGGCGGUGGUAUGACCUCCGAUCUGGACAGUCCGUCCCCGUACGUCUACUAUCUGGGCCCGCGGCCAACUUCUGGGACCGGCGGCGGGCGCACCAGCACCAGCAGCAGCAGCGGCCGGAGCAGCAGCGGCCAGUGCUCACCGAGCGACAUGCUCGACAGUGGCACCUGCAGCGAUAUCGAGCUGACGCCACCGCCGCUGCCGAAAAAGAUGUCGCAACGCGGCUCCAAAUCGUCGUCGGUGACGGUGACAGCGCCUUCUUCGACAACGGCGGCACUCAGCGCGCUGCCGAUAAAGCAAAGUGGCGGUCCUGGAGCGCUGGGCGAUAAGACAACAGCGACAGCGACAACGACGGCAGAUGCCGUUAUCAAUCAACAGGCGCUGGAAACAACACCCGAGUUCCAACACCAUCACCUUGAGUUUCAUCGACUUAACCACAAUCAGACCCAUCCGCACCUGAAGCAGCCUCAGCAGCAGCAGCAACAGGACGGAAAACAUCAAACACACGUUGAUUUGACGCAAAACUGUUUUGCCGCUCGGCAGCAACAGCAGCAACAGCAGCCAGCCGGAAGCGUUAUUGUGAGCGAUAGUGACGGAUCGGAGUCGUGUCUGAGCUGUGAUUCACUGAACUUUGAGCACCUGUCGGGUUUGCAGCAGCCAGCGCCGCCGACGGAACACACCAGGGUCGUCGCCGCAUCGCCACCGCCGCCGCCACCACCGCAACAGCCUAUCGACACGGGAGACGGGGACAUUGGCAACGGCACGCUGACCCUCGGCGGCGAGUUCGAGCAGCCCGGCAAGCAGCAGGAGAGGCGCGCCGCCCCGUUUCGGGCGGGUAAUGUGUGCGGUCUGCCCGAUUCGCUUCUGGCAGCAAUCCGCGAGAGUCGCCCCAAGGUGUACUGCAACACCGACGAGGACCAGCAGCAGCAGCAGCAGCAGCAGCAGCAGGAUCAGAAGCCAUUUGAGCCGGUGACAAACCGGAGCAAUGGAGCGUCGAUGGUAGAACAGCUCGAGCUGCUUAUGCCGACGACCACCACGCGCUCUAUCCUGAUGGACAAAAUCAACAGCCUCGAGCAGUCGAUGCAGGGCCGCUACGCUGUCGGCGAUCAACCGGACGCAUCAAGCAACCACCAACAACAUCACAACCACCACCUGCAGCACCACGCCAUCAACAGUGACGCCGGGGGGCGCGCCCAGAGCAGCUGCUCCACGGCCGGCUCCGUCACCACGGAGAGUGUCCGCAGCAAUCACUUCGAGAGCGAUCGGUUCUACAAGUUCCACAUCCACGAGCAUGUGCUGGACGUCGCACCGGGCGGGACCAGCUCGCCGGAGACGACGCCGUCCGUGGUGGACGACGACGAGAGCUUCGCCGGCCUGAAGGACCUCAGCAACGGCACCUCCACCAUCCGCAGCAACAAGGGUACGGUGCGCGGGGUGAAGAACCGCGUCCGCAAUGGCAUCGCCACCUUCCUGCAGAUGCAGCAGACAGGCAUGAAGAACUACAAGGACAAAGAGGCCGGCAAGGUGGUCGUAUACAGCACCAGCAUGGGCAUCGUGCGCGAAACGUACACCAAGUGCAUGAACGUCAAGCAGAUCCUGCGCACGCUGCUGAUCAAGUUCGAGGAGAAGGACAUCUUCAUGAGCAACGAGUACCAGCAGGAGAUCCGGGAGCGCAUGCAGACGGACACCAUCAGCGUGCCGCAGGUGUUCGUCGACGGCCAGCACAUCGGAGAUGCCGAAUGUAUCGAAAGGCUGAACGAAAGCGGCGAGCUGCGGAAGAUGCUUAAACCAUACAAAUGCCUGGAAUCGCCCUACAUGUGCAAGGUGUGCGGUGGCUACCGGCUGCUGCCCUGUCCGUCCUGCGGCGGCUCGAAGAAGUCCAUCCAUCGCAACCAUUUCACCGCCGAAUUCAUCGCCCUCAAGUGCAUGAACUGUGACGAGGUGGGACUGGUCAAGUGUCACAACUGCUGA